AUGGCUGGCUACGGAUGGGACGAAUACGAUAUCCGAAAGGGCGGCCGUGAGACGAUCCGCGACGUAGGAAACUCCUUGGACUUGACUAUCAACUUCAUCAAGGUCCCUGGCGGCCAACACGGAGGAAACUGGGCUGCUCGUGUGAAGGGUGUCCCGCGCGAUGAUGCUUCGGCGGACCAACCGACUUCGGUCGUAUUCUACAGUGCCCUGGAGGGACUUGGGAAUCUGGGUGUCGCAAACAAUGUCGAGGAUACUCGUGGCAUUGAAGGCGAUGUGAAAUUGACGGGGUACACGCCCGAUCUUGGUGAUUUCUCAAUUGAUGUCACCGCGGGCCCAGAAAGCAACGAGCAUCCAGAACACGACCAUCCGAUUUAUGACGACAAACCACUGGAUCGUACCUGGGUAGCUAGCGCAACCAUGCCGUCGGAACACAUCUGGCAGACCAAAGCCAUUAUGUUUGCCCAGAUGAAGGAGAGCGUCAACGAAAUGGUCGCGAAGUAUGGCCAAGAAAAUCCGCCCCCGCCUGCGCAGGUCUUUACUAUAAAACACUCGCCGGGUGAUGGUAAUAUUCAACUCGUGCAGAAGGUCUUCAGGGGCGCAUUCGAGUUUGAUAUUCUGUUUUCUUCUGGAUCUUCUCCGCAACCGUUGACCUCCGACGCUAUCACUCAAGAGAUUGAAAGCGCCUCGCUGUCUUUUGCCGAACGUUUCGAUAGAGUCCUUUCACCAAAGGCUCCGUUCGAUUCGGUCAAAUACUCAGAGUUCUCUAAGUCAAUGCUGUCUAACCUGGUCGGUGGCAUUGGCUUCUUCCACGGCGCCGAUGUCGUCGACCGUUCGGCAGCUCCCGAAUACGACGAGGAAAAUGAGGGAUUUUGGGAAGAAACGGCUGAAGCCCGGGCUCAAGCUCAGCCUGUCCUCGAAGGCCCCAAAGAGCUUUUUACAUGUGUGCCUUCUCGUCCUUUCUUCCCGAGAGGCUUCCUUUGGGACGAAGGCUUCCAUUUGAUUCCUGUGAUGGAGUGGGAUCUGGAUCUUGCCCUCGAGAUUGUCAAAAGCUGGUUCGGCCUGAUGGAUGAGGAUGGCUGGAUUGCUCGAGAGCAAAUCUUGGGCUCGGAGGCCCGUAGCAAAGUCCCGCCUGAGUUCACGGUCCAGUACCCCCAUUACGCGAACCCCCCGACUCUGUUCGUGAUUUUGGAGGCGUUCAUCGAUAAGCUGGAGGCGAAUAAAAACAUCUCUGUUCAGGACACGCCUGAUGAAGAUGAGACUGAGCGACUUCGUUCUGCUUAUCUGCAGCAACCCGAACUGGGCGAAAUGUACAUUCGCUCAAUUUACCCGUUGCUCAAGAAGCACUACUUCUGGUAUCGGAACACUCAGCGGGGUGAUAUCACCUCAUACGAUCGAGAGGCAUAUUCUACAAAAGAGGCCUAUCGCUGGCGGGGACGCUCUGUGCAGCAUAUUUUGACCUCCGGCCUCGAUGACUACCCUCGGGCGCAGCCUCCACACCCUGGUGAGCUGCAUGUGGAUUUGAUCAGUUGGAUGGGAAUGAUGACUCGUGCCCUCCGCCGCAUCGCGGAAACUCUGGGUGAGACUGAAGAUGUGGAAGAGUUCAAGGUAUACGAGACCGCGAUUGAACGGAAUAUCGACGACCUCCACUGGGAUAACGAGGCCCAAACCUACUGUGAUGCUACGAUUGAUGAGUUCGAAGAAAGCGUCCAUGUUUGCCACAAGGGAUAUGUUUCGAUCUUCCCCUUCUUGACAGGCAUGGUUGGUCCUGGUAGCCCUCGUCUCAAGCCCAUUUUGGACCUGAUCAGUGACCCGGAGGAGCUUUGGAGCGACUACGGUAUUCGGAGCUUGAGCAAGAAAGAUGAGUUCUACGGUACAGCUGAGAACUAUUGGAGAAGCCCUGUAUGGGUAAACAUUAACUACCUCGUGUUCAAGAACCUUUACGAUAUUGCAACUGUGCCGGGACCCCACCAGGAGCAAGCCCGUGAGAUGUAUUCGAAGCUGCGGAAGAAUGUUGUUGAGAACGUCUUCCGAGAGUGGAAGAAGACUGGGUUCGCUUGGGAGCAGUAUAACCCAGAGACCGGCAACGGUCAGCGGACGCAGCACUUCACUGGCUGGACAAGCAUGGUGGUGAAGAUGAUGACCAUGCCGGACCUCUCAGGCGACAAGAAGGGGCAUGAUGAACUGUAG